AUGAAGCUGCUCACUUUGAUCUCCCUCUCCAGUACGCUGCAUACUGUUGCAGCAGCACCAUCACUGGACAAACACUCUUAUAAAGGGUUCAACUUUGCGAAGAUUAACAAAGUGGUGUCUUUCUAUUAUAAGUCUGACGCUGCAAUUAGCGGCGACUCAUGGACAGAUACUCGUUUCAAUACCUCUGGAACCCAGCCUUCCAUCUCCAACCCCCUCGGAAACACAGGCAAGACAAGUUCUAAUGGUAAAAUGUGGCCAAUUUAUUUGACAACGCAAUAUAACCAGUCGUCCGUGUUGCUCUAUAAUAUGGCGGUCGGUGGUGCUGUCACUGAUGUCAAUAUUGUCAAGACUGGGCCCAGUGACGUGGUUACCCAGGUCAACAGGUUUAAUGCCUACCUACAACAGCAAAAGCCAAACUUCUUUCCACCAAAGCAUACGCUCUAUACUAUCUUUAUUGGCAUCAACGAUAUAUACCGUACCAUCAAUGACACGGACCAGGAUGACACUAUUAUCAAGAUCAUGGAGCGUCUCAGCGAGCUUACUGCCGAGUUGUACAACUAUGGUGCUCGCCAGUUUCUAUUCAUCUCUACGCCGCCGCAGUCUCUUUUCCCAAACAACGUCCCAAAGCCAAUCGCUCCAACUCUCAAGGCCGCAUCUGAAAAUUGGAAUAAGCGGCUCCACAAACUCCUCAAGCAGCUGGACCGCAAACUCGCUCAUAGCACAUUUUUCUUAUUCGACAUUGCUCCCUUGAUCACUGCUGUCACCGAAAGCCCUUCUCAAUUCCCUGAGACCGCGGUGUACAAGAGUACUGGAUUUUGCGCGGACUACAAGAGCGGUACGGUCACGCCAGACUUUAAAUCCGCUUCUUGUGAAUAUAACGCGUUGGAGUACAUGUAUAUCGACGGUGCUCAUCCGACACAAGGAUUUCAUCAAAUCUUGGCGAAGAAGAUUGCUGAGCAGUUGGCUGCGGGUCGAACCAUAACCCGCCCUUAACUCUACAAGCUCUUUACGCAUCAUAUUGUGGC